AUGUCGGACAUCCGGACACAAAGUCUGCAGAAGCCUGUGACAGUGGCCGAGUAUCUCUUUAGAAGAUUGCACCAAAUCGGCAUCCGCUCAGUUCACGGCCUGCCAGGAGACUUCAACCUGGUUGCUCUCGACUAUGUUCCCAAGGCCGGUUUGAAAUGGGUUGGCAGCGUAAACGAACUCAAUGCAGCCUACGCCGCCGACGGCUACGCCCGCGCCAAGGGUAUCUCUGCCAUCGUCACCACCUUCGGUGUUGGUGAACUAUCCGCCAUCAACGGUGUCGCUGGUGCCUACUCUGAGCACGUCCCAAUUGUCCACAUCGUUGGCUGCCCUUCGACCAUCUCCCAGCGCAACGGCAUGCUCCUACACCAUACCCUCGGCAACGGCGACUUCAAUGUCUUUGCCAACAUGAGCGAGCAUAUCUCCUGCGACGUUGCCAAGCUGGUGAAACCUGGUGAGAUCGCCCAGCAAAUUGACCAUGCGAUCCGGGAGUGCUGGAUCCGCAGCCGGCCCGUGUACAUCUGGCUACCUACCGAUAUGGUUGAAAAGAAGAUUGAGGGUGCGAGAUUGGACACAGAGAUCGAUCUCUCCGAGCCGGAGAAUGACCCCGACAGAGAGGAUUAUGUCGUCGAUGUGGUCCUCAAGUACCUCCAUGGAGCCAAGAACCCGGUGGUUCUGGUCGACGCAUGCGCAAUCCGUCACAGGGUCACUGAAGAAGUCAACAAGUUCAUUGAAAAGACAAAGAUUCCAGUGUUUGUUACCCCCAUGGGCAAGGGCGCCUUUGACGAGACGUGCGAGCACUACGGCGGCGUCUAUGCUGGCACCGGGUCUCUUCCCGAAGUCGCUAAGCGCGUUGAGGGUUCUGACCUGGUUUUGUCCAUUGGCGCGAUCAAGAGCGAUUUCAACACUGCUGGCUUUUCGUAUCACACUUCGCAAUUGAACACCAUCGAUCUGCAUAGCGACCAUUGCACUGUGCGCUACUCCGAAUACCCCGGUGUCGCAAUGCGUGGUGUGCUCCGGAAGGUCACUGAGCGUAUCGACACCUCCAAGCUCUCGAUAACACCUUCUCCUCAGGUCGAGAAUGCUGUGGCCGAGAACAAGGACGACUCGCAGACUAUUACCCAAGCGUGGUUCUGGCCCAGAGUGGGUGAGUUCUUACAAGAAGGUGAUGUCGUUGUCACCGAGACAGGCACAGCCAACUUUGGCAUCUGGGAAAGCAAAUUCCCCAAGGGCGUCAUGGGCGUGACGCAGGUACUUUGGGGAAGCAUUGGCUGGUCGGUAGGAGCUACGCAGGGUGCGGCACUGGCAGUGAAGGAUCUGGAACAAGAUAGGCGGACAAUCUUGUUUGUGGGUGAUGGCAGUUUCCAGUUGACUUGCCAGGAAGUCAGUACUAUGAUGAAGCAUAACCUGAGGGUUACUAUCUUCCUCAUCUACAACGAAGGCUUCACCAUCGAACGAUAUAUCCACGGCAUGGAUGCGGAUUACAACGACAUUAUCCGCUGGAACUACACCGACAUCCCCGCGGUCUUUGGCGCUAAGGAAGGCCACGGCCAGAAGUUCGUUAUCAAGACAAAGGACGAACUGGAGGAGCUCCUCAAGGACAAGGACUUCAACGAGUAUAAGGGCCUGCAGUUUGUAGAGUUGUGGAUGCCGAAGGAUGAUGCGCCACGAGCGUUGAAGCUCACGGCUGAAAUCUCGGCGAAGAACAACUCUAGAAAUGAGGAUGAACAAUGA